AUGCACAAGUCUUUAUCGCAGUCAGCCUUCAGCGCCAUUUUCGAGCACGUGUCUGCCGAGGAGCAGCGCUCUAGUCGUCAGGGCACCGUUAACACUAGCUUUAACCACCGUCCGCAACAGCAGCCACCUCUGCGACCCAUGUCCGGACAGGCGCUAGACACCACCGAGGUCGUCGCACUGUGCGACCGCGCCGAGAGCAAGUCCACUACCUCUCAGGCGGAAGAGCCGCUGAUGCCGCUGCUGCGUGACAUGAACGACGAUUCGACGGAUGGGCUGAAGCUGUACAACAGCAGCGAUGAGCUGGACGGCUACUGCAGCUCAUGUGAAAGAUCCCUGCCGGACGACAGCGCCAGCAGCAGUAGUGAACACGCCUCUAGCGCGACGCUGCCGACAGGCGUUGCGGCGGCUCUGCGCAAGGACACUUGUCACAAGCCCCACAGCCGCCACCAUCGCCAUCACUAUCGCGGUCGUGGAUCACUAAUACGCAGCGCUGCCCGUGAUGAGGAGCGACAGCGGCUGGUGGCCAUGAGCCUCGACGAGUCGACCGCAACGGCGCAGGCGGCGAAAGAGCAUCUCAUGCAGUCAACGGACUCUGUUACGACGACCACACCAUCGACGGUCGUCUCAGCGCCGGCGGUGGCUGUGACAGGGGGCGCAGCGCGCGAAGGUCCUUUCAAGGGGAUUCGCACACCCUAUCCAAAGUCUAUCACCGCGACCACAAGCACGAAGACGUCGCUGGCGAUGAUCUCAGCGGCGCUGAACGUCGAGAGCCGCACCGCCGAGGCUGCCAAGCGAAGCAACAGCCAAAAUCCCUGCUCCAAGCCAGUGAAUGCGGUGGGCGACACGCGUAAUGCGGUGCUGCUGCACGUGCAGGUGCCAGUCUUGACACGUGACGAAGGAAGCGACGAGUCGGCAGGGGCGCCGCGCUCCUCGACAGCGUCGCGGCUAUCUCCUUUGCCCAGCAAACACAGCGACACUGUCGAGGCGUCGACAGACAGCGCUGCAGGGGGCCAGUGCAUUGAGGGGGCGUCGCCCACUUUUUCUCCCGCUGGUACGCUAAGCCUGGUGGGCGCUGUGGCCAUCACCAGCAAUGGUAGCAACAAGGGAAGUAAUAGCAGCGCCGUUGGCGCCGGAGACGUACUGCAAGUGACACCAUGCGGUGCGACCGCUCAUCCACCCGUCGACGAGGCAGCAUGUGUCGCACCCGUUGCGGUGGGUCUGAUGAAGAGCAGCACGGUGAACGUCGACGACGGGUUUGCCACGCGCACCGCCGCCCCCGCCGCCUCCGACCCGCUGCAGGAAGCCGUCCAAGGGCCCUCUGCAGAACCUAAGCCCGAAAAGAUGCUUUCCAUCUCACCGGCAGGUGCGGCCGCGGCAGAGACCACAGGCGUCGCCACAGAGCCAUCACCUGUUGCCGGCGUCGCCACAUUGACGUCAACGAACGCGAAAAUCCCGCUAGGCGAUACAACAGCCGAGACCUCUGCCAAGCACCUGCAGACCCCCUCCGGCUCUCCGACGUGCGUCGACCUCUCUAGCUCCUCAUCGGUCGGCGGCCACCACCUCUCUGUAACGGAGGGGAACGUCUUCCUGAAGCAGUCCGGCUCGCGCCGCGAGGAGGCCUUCUACAACAUGAUACAGCCUUACCAGGAGGCGCUCGUGCGGGAAGCGGUGCGGCAGGCGCCGCACACGGUUCAGCAUUGGAGCCACCACCACGCAGGCACACCGUGUGCGGGAGUUCAACAAGGCGCGGCCUCCGUCGCCGCCUCCCCCUCCUCUAAAGCGGAGGACCUCUCGCCACUGCGCACCAGCGCCAGCCCCACGCGGAGAGAGAACGACAGCGACAGCGUCGUGGCCGACCCGGACGAUGUGGCUGCCAUGUGCGACGCAAGGUGGAAAGCCUACCAGCAGUACGAGGCGGAGGGCAUGUCCAACCUGAACAUUCUCGCCUCCGAACAGCUGGCGGAAAAAAAUGCGAGGCGUGAGUGCCAGCGAGGCGGUGGCGGAGGCAGUGACUGCGGUAGCCCGGUAUACGGCAACCCGUCAUCGCCAACGUCGCUGUGCCAGGUGGACAAAGACCUCGUCGAGUUGGCCGCCCGACUGUGGUGGACGGUGCGCUUCCGUCACUUCUACCGCACUUCAGCCUCUGCCUACGAGGUACAGCGGCAGGCGGCCGAGGCGGCAGCUCUGUCGCCACUGUCACCGUUGGCCACGUCACCCGCGGCCACCACCUGUGACAGUGGUGGUGCAGUCGUCACCUAUUCGCUAAGCACCACGCCAGCGUCGCAGCAGCCUCAUCAUGCGCGGUACGACUCCCUUGAAACUGUGUCACCGCGACUCCAAUCGUCGCCGAUGAGCCCAUCCAUAAUCGAGCAGGCAAAGACUGAGCACAGAGGUGAAGUAGCGGCGGUGCUGGCCCCCAGCGUGAGCGGUACCGCCACGCCAUGCAUGGUCGGCUCCUUUACCGCCUCGCCGCUGGACGGGCUCACCAGCAGCGCCAGCGCCGUGGAGCGGCAAUACGCCAUGCAGAAGCACCGUGCGCUGCAGUUGCUCGCCGCCUUCGUGCCCCGUUACCACGGCACACGCCGACUCUUUGCCCGUGACGUGCUCCGCUGCGAGAGUGAGGGGCAUUCCGCAGCGGCGUCGACGGCGCAGGCGAGCGAAGAGCACCCGGGAAAGCAGCAGAUCGUUGUGGAUGCAGACAACGACGACGACGAGGACAACAACAGCGGCGACAAGAAGAUCUGCCGCAUGAUCAUGCUCGAAUAUGUGUGCUACCGCUUCCGUCAUCCGUGCGUCAUGGACAUCAAGAUGGGCAGCCGCCAGUACGGCCUGCACCCCUCCGCGGAGAAGAAGCGGAGCAAGGAGCGCAAGGCGAGGCUGUCCACGUCGGCGCGGUACGGCAUCCGCCUCUCUGGGUACCGCCGGUGGAACGCAGAUGAGGAGCGGUACAACUGCCGCAGCAAACUGCAGUGCCGCUGCCUCAGCCUCAACGAGGUGAAGAGCGAGAUGUCGACCUUUCUGCUCCACAGCCGCCAGAUGGAGCAGGUGUUCCGCCGGCAGCUGCAGCGGCUGCGCGUCGCCUUCAGUCAGCAGACCAUUUUCCGCUUCUACACUUCCUCGUUGCUCUUUGUGUACGACGCCGAUGAUCCUCUGAAGACGGCGCGGGUGACGAUGGUAGACUUUGCGUACACGUACGAGUCGAAGGAGCUGCUGCAGGACGGCGAUCCCGAUGCCCACUUCGACUAUGAUGUCGGGUACUUGAAGGCGAUUGACACCCUCCUCUCCCUGCUGGCGUAG